GAGGAGGAGGGUGGCGGCGGCGGCGGCGGCGGGGGGGGGGGGGCGCGGCGAGCGAUGGAUGAGGACAACAUGACGAGGAGCGAGGAGCAGCAGCUGAGUCUGCAGAAGGCGCUGCAGCAGUGCGAGCUGGUCCAGAACAUGAUCGACAUCAGCAUCUCCAACCUGGAGGGGCUCCGCACCAAGUGCGCCGCCUCCAACGACCUCACGCAGAAGGAGAUCCGCACCCUGGAGAGCAAGCUGGUCAAGUACUUCAGCCGGCAGCUGUCCUGCAAGAGGAAGGUGGCCUUGCAGGAGCGCAAUGCCAAGCUGGAGGGCUUCCCCCAGCUCCUGCACUGGUUCCGCAUCGUCGACAUCCGCAAGGAGGUGAUGGAGGAAAUCGCCCCUGGGCAGCUGAGCCUGGAGGAGCUGCUGGACAUGACGGAUGACCAGGUCUGCGCGACCGUGGAGAAGUUCGGGGCCAACAGCGAGGAGUGCGCCCGUCUGAACGCCUCCCUCUCCUGCCUCCGCAGCGUCCACAAGUCCGGUGGCAGCCUCUCCAAGCAGGAUUGGACCAUCCAGUGGCCCACGACGGAGCCGGGGAAGGAGAACAGCCCCGGGUGCCAGCCGGAGCCGGGGCAGUGGGGCAGGACGCACCUCUCGCAGAGCCCCAAAGUCCAACCCAAGUGCGGGCAGCAUCACUGCCACGGGGGCUCGCCCCACGGACCCAUGUACACCCACGUGGACCGGCUGACCGUGGAGGGUCACCCGGGGCUCUGCCCACCCGUGGAGUCCGGCCACCGCUCCUUGCCGCCCUCCCCGCGCCAACGACACAUCGCUCACACCCCUCCGCGGACCCCCAACAUCGUGACCACCAUGACGCCGCCGGGGACGCCGCCGGUGAGACGGAGGAAUAAACUGAAGCCCCCCGGGACGCCCCCACCUUCCUCCCGCAAACUGAUCCAUCUCAUCCCCGGCUUCACCGCGCUGCACCGGAGCAAGUCCCACGAGUUCCAGCUGGGACAUCGCGUGGACGAGGCGCACACCCCCAAAGUCAAGAAGAAGAACAAGCCCUUGAACCUCAAGAUCCACAACAGCGUGGGAAGCUGCGAGAACAUCCCCGCGCAGCGCUCCCCGCUCCUCUCCGAGCGCUCCCUGCGUUCCUUCUUCGUGGGGUACCCGCCUUUCCUCCCCUCCACCCCUCCUGUCCACACCGAAGCCACCUGCUCAGCAAAUACGCUGUCAGUGCCUCGCUGGUCCCCGCAGAUCCCCCGUCGAGAUCUAGGAAACUCAAUAAAACACAGGUUUUCCACCAAGUACUGGAUGUCUCAGACCUGCACCGUCUGCGGGAAAGGAAUGUUGUUCGGCUUAAAAUGCAAAAACUGCAAGCUCAAGUGCCACAACAAAUGCACCAAAGAGGCCCCUCCGUGUCACCUGCUGAUCAUCCACCGCGGAGGGAGACGAGCCGUUCGGGGCGAGGCAGAUUUGCAUUGCAAACCACUUCCACCCACCCUUCCCCUGCCUCCUUUUCUUUUCAGAUUCCCCACCGCACGGGCAAGGUUAGUCCGGACAGAGUCGGUGCCCUGCGAUAUCAACAACCCCGUGCGCAAACCCCCCAGGUAUUCCGACCUGCACGUCAGCCAGACGCUCCCCAAAACCAACAAACUCAACAAGGACCAUAUCCCAGUGCCCUACCAGCCAGACUCCAGCAGCAACCCCUCCUCCACCACCUCCUCCACACCCUCCUCGCCGGCCCCACCGCUGCCGCCCAGUGCGACGCCCCCGUCCCCCCUGCACCCCUCCCCGCAGUGCCCGCGCCAGCAGAAGCAGUUCAACUUGCCAGCUUCCCAUUACUACAAGUACAAGCAGCAGUUCAUUUUCCCAGAUGUGGUACCCGAGACGCCGACCCGAGCCCCGCAGGUGAUCCUCCACCCCGUCAACUCUAACCCCAUCCUGGAAGGAAACCCAUUGCUUCAAAUUGAAGUGGAGCCCACCUCGGAGAACGAGGAAGGCACGGAGGAGGCGCAGGAGUCCGAGGAUGACUUUGAAGAGAUGAACCUCUCACUCCUCUCCGCACGCAACUUCCCCCGCAAGGCCAGCCAGACCAGCAUCUUCCUCCAGGAGUGGGACAUCCCCUUCGAGCAGCUGGAGAUUGGCGAGCUCAUCGGCAAGGGCCGCUUCGGGCAGGUCUUUCACGGGCGCUGGCACGGGGAGGUGGCCAUCCGACUCAUCGACAUCGAGCGGGACAACGAGGACCAGCUGAAGGCCUUCAAGAGGGAGGUGAUGGCAUACCGGCAGACCCGGCACGAGAACGUGGUGCUCUUCAUGGGAGCUUGCAUGAGCCCUCCCCACCUCGCCAUCAUCACCAGCCUGUGUAAAGGACGGACUCUCUACUCGGUGGUGAGAGAUGCCAAAAUCGUCCUGGAUGUCAACAAGACGAGGCAGAUAGCGCAAGAAAUCGUGAAGGGAAUGGGCUACCUGCACGCCAAGGGGAUCCUUCACAAGGACCUCAAGUCAAAAAAUGUUUUCUACGACAACGGGAAGGUGGUGAUCACAGACUUCGGCCUCUUCAGCAUCUCGGGAGUUCUCCAAGCGGGCAGGCGGGAGAACAAGCUGCGGAUCCAGAACGGCUGGUUGUGCCACCUCGCCCCCGAGAUCAUCCGCCAGCUCUCGCCGGACACCGAGGAGGACAAGCUGCCCUUCUCCAAGCACUCGGAUGUCUUUGCACUGGGCACGAUCUGGUACGAGCUGCACGCACGGGAAUGGCCCUUCAAGACGCAGCCAGCGGAGGCAAUAAUCUGGCAGGUGGGAAGAGGGAUGAAGCCCAACCUCAGCCAGAUCGGGAUGGGCAAGGAGAUCUCGGACAUCCUCCUCUUCUGCUGGGCCUACGAGCAAGAGGAGAGACCCACCUUCACCAAGCUCAUGGACAUGUUGGAGAAACUGCCAAAGCGCAACCGUCGCCUUUCCCACCCCGGGCACUUCUGGAAGUCGGCAGAGCUGUGACGGGAGGAGUUGAGGGACGGUGCCAUCUUCCCCCUGCGGUUCUCCUCUUCCUCUCCGCAUCCCAACCCGGCGCUACGGAGGAGCAGCGGGCGCCGGGGACCGACAGCGGGCCGGGAAUGAGCCUCUUCCCCUGCAGCGUUUCACCCCGUGAAGCCUCUCUGCAAGGGCUGGAGGAGCCCAGGUGGCGGCCGAGCCCCGGGGAUGCCCGUCUGCCAUGGGACGGGGACGGUGGGCGGCUCUCCAUGCACACGGGGUCAGGUCUUGGGCCAGUUCCCCUCCGAGCAGGGGCAACCCAUGGGGCAGACAGCUUCAAUUUCACCCCAGGGCUCCUCCGGUCCCAAUCAGCACGGUCAGUGCUCGUGCCGCUCGGCUGGGGAGGGGUUGCUUCUUGGUUCUCGGUGGGUUUAUUUCAUUUCCUUUUAUUUAUUUUUUUUUUUUUUAAAUGGAAAAAGAAGGAAAAAAAAAAAAGGGGGGGGGAGGGGGAAAUGUUGCUGAUUCAUGAGUUUAGUGCUGGAGCCUGCUGGGGCCAGGGAGUGCCGCUGCUAUUAGCCGUCCCCCCCCACCGCGGGGAAAUGCAUCUGCGGAGCCGGAGGGGUCCCGCUCCCCCGCGCCCCGGCAGCCCCUUCACGGGCAGCCGUGACCUUUCACAAGUGGCUUCUCUACCUCCCGGCCAUACCCACUUACCUUCGCCCCCCCUUCCCACCCCCGGUCUCCCUCUCGGCGGGGCGCAUCUCCACACUCCUGUUAAUUCAGCCGGUUGCCCCGGCGCGUAUCUAAUCAGCGAGCCUUUCCCUCCGGCCGCUUUGCUCCCGCCUUCCACCCUCCCUCCCGAAGGCGCUGCCGAAGCCCCGGGUUUGGGGAUGCUGUGGGGCUGGGCAGAGGGGGGGUGGCCGGGGUUGGGGGGUCCUUCCCCGGGCACGCAGACAGGCUCUGGUUGUACAGAGCAUCUCCCUCCCCAGCCCCUCGCGGACGUCUCGGCUGAAGGUGCAGCCGUGCCCAGGACCCUUUUCCUCUGCGUAUCCAUCUGCCAUCAGCCAAAUCCCGGACCUCCCCAAAGAGAUGCUCUUUGGGCAGCGUCUUGGAGCCGGUGUUGCCGUCCGAAUACCGCGUGCUGGUAUUUCCCUCUCCCCACCAGCUGGGAUGGGCCCUCGAGCCCCUCAUUAGACGAGCUGUCAAGCGACAGAUGAUGGCCAAUUGCGCUUUCAGGCCCUCAUUGAGCGUAACUGCUCGACAGGAACCAUCCCAAAUAAUUCAAUCGUAGUCUAAGUUAGCUUUAAUUUGGAGACAUGACGAGGCUCUGCAAGCUAACCGGCCCUGGUUCGUUUGCUGCUCCUCUAACUCCCCCUUGCCGGCGUUUGAACCGCUUUAGCGUAAGUAAAUGAAGAUUAGGAACUUGAUUGCAGCUAGGAAGAGAUGCUACUUUAAUUGUGGGGGCGUGUAAGAAGGUGCUUUUAUUUCUUAACAUUUGCACACAUGCAUAAGCAUAAAAUCGGAGGUAGGGAGGAGCAGGGGGGGGUGAAUCCGGCCUCCAAGCCUGCUGCCAGAGGGUCAGGUCUGGAUGAGUCUCCUGCUGAUGCUUUUGGGACAUUUGCGGUCGCGGCUUGAUCUCAGAUGUUUUGUACGAAGUGGGGAUGAAGGAGGAUCACCUGCCUUUGAUGCUUGAGGCCAAGUGGGAUAAGCAAGCGAGGGUGGGAUGAGCCCUCGUUUGUGUUAAUUGCCCCCUGCACCAGGCAGCACGGGCGGUUUGUGGUCCCCUGGGCAUAGGUGGCUGAGCAUCACCUCAUCCCGGUGAGGAAGGAGGAUGCUCCAUGCCGCCCCCCACCCCCCAUCUCCAUCCCACCCCGGGCCGCAGCAGCGAUGUCCUCUGCCCCCCGUCCUCCCCAUCCCAGCUCUCCCCUGCUGUCUCCAUCCCCUGCGCGUGUGCGCGCGUGUGCCAUAAACGUUGCACUAAUCCUCAGAGUCUCUCUGAGUUUUCACCAAUGCCUUCACCCGCCGUGGUCCCGGGCUCUGUGGGAGGGAGCACACCCCCAUGGCCGGAGGUCUCGGCUGCCGGGGGCGGGGGGGGCGCAGGGAGGUCUCGCCAUGAAAUCACCGGUCCCCAAACCAUGUUCGGAUGGAGCGACCGCUGUAGAAAGGUGAUGUCCUUCUCGCUCGGUGAUGUUAGUUCCUAAGUAGGUGUGAACUUCCUAGGCGAGCAGUAGCAAGUGGAACGUGUUGGAAGGAUGAAGGAGGUGACACCGUGGGUGAUGCUCAGCACCGGGGGUGGCAAAGUGCUGUAGCCUGAUAGACGUUGUGCAGAUUUUUGGUGGAAGGUACAACGUCCGUCUUGAAAGACUUACUGGGGGUUUGCUCUCUGUGCCCCAAGCCCUCCACUUGCCGGGAAAGUCUCACCUUGACAUAUUCCCCCACGGGGUCCCACCAGCCCUUGGCAGAUGCCUGCUCUGUUUUAUCAGCUGAGACUCCAGGAAACAAGGGAAUUGAUGAGCGUGUGGGUUUCGUUGCCCCACGGCGUCAGGUCCUCACCAGGAGCCCAGGGCUCACUGCGGUGGCCUUGGCCAAGCGUUUCUCCCCUGGAUUUUGGGCAUCUGAAAGGAGCUUAAGUGCUCCUACAGCCAACAAACCUUGCCAACUCUUCCCUCAUCUCCCUCUUCUUUCUCCCCCCGCCUUCCCUCACUGUAACGUCUCAGCCGGGCCAGGAGCAGAGCUGUCACACAAUAGUAUCGAUGGAAAAAUAGCUGCCCUGUAUUUAUCAUAAAUUAGCUCAGAAGAGCAGCUCCUUCCCUUCCAUUCAGCGCAGCAACGGUUGUUGAUGCAGCCGCGUUAUUUGCAUCAUGCCUUCUUAUUUUUGAAAGUCUUAAUUAUUAAAAAAAAAAAAAAAAAAAAAUCAAACCAACAAAUCUUACUUUUUUUAUUUUUUUUUUGGUGGUUGUUGUUGUUGGUCUUUGUUUUUUGACUCCGGCUUUGUGCGGGGUUGUUUUUUCCCCAGUUUAAAAAUAUCCAGCCCUUCAGCAGGGAGAGAAUGUAGGAGAAGCUCUCCACAAUGCCCUCUAAUAGGAGAUCCGAAGGAGCGAGAAGGUCCAUCCGGUGGCUCAGUUUAGCUGCGUGAGCUAGAGGAGAGACGGGUUAUUUCCAGACGCGCCGGGUGAGAGCGGAGCCGCUUUUAGCACGGCGGAGUUUGGAGCAGCAGCUGGAGACGGAGGGAACCGUCCCCAAGCCCAGGGUACGUCCCCGGGCUCUUGCAGCAGAGCAGCCCCCGGCGAUGCUCUGCUGGCCCAAUCCUUCAGCUGCUUCGUCCCUUGGGUCACCCACCGAGUCCCUGACGCUUCCCCGUCCCUGACCUUGCUGCUGUCUGAGGUUUUUUCCGGCGUUUCAAUGCUCGUGGGGAACACGGCAUUUGGGGCUGGGCAGUGAAGCCACUACCAGCGAUGGAAGCGGUGAUGCUUCAUGGCCCCAAAGCCCUACAUCCUCCUUUGGCUGCUAAAUUAUAUCCCCCCGGUCCUGCUGCUGCUUCUAUCCACCUUCCCCCCCGCCAAAUUAACCCAUAUCUUUGCCGAUCUGUGGCUGGGCGGUUCCUGGGGAUGAUGAGUUCGGAGUUCCAGCCCCGAUGACAUUUAUCCGGUACUUGGCCAUGGCAAGAGCCGAGAUGAUGAAGAUGUGAGACAGACAGGAGGCAGAAAUGAAUGUCUUGGAAGCGGAGGAGCUGCUCAAUUGUCGAUGGAGGAGGUGCUGCCUACGGCUCGGUCUCUUUGGCCACGCUAAGGAGAAGGGGUCUGUGUUGGUGGUGCCAUGUCUGUGCCCCCCCCCCUCCAAGUGCCGCGGGGAGCCCCGGGUCGAGCCCGCCGGUGGCCGGCGCUCUGCUGGGCACCUUCGCUUUCCUCCCUCCUUUCUUCGCCUGUUUAUUUAUUUUAAUUUAUUUUAAUUUUUAUAUAUAUAUAUAUAUAUUUAUUUUUGGCAAACAGUGAUUCUUCGGGAAGCUUGGUCAGCUGCAAAAGCCUUCUUUAGUUUCCGGUCCCUAUAAAGUACGCUGUUACAUUUUCUUGUACAUAAGGUAUAUAUAAAUAUAUAUACAUAUCUCUAUAUGUAUGUAUAUAGAUAUAUACAUAUAUAACGAGCUCUAAAUCCUGUACAGUUUCAAACCGAACUCGAUGGCCUGCUUUGUUUUCUCUGUGUUAGUUCUGACCGCUGCAGAAUGAGCUGACUUUCAUUUCCCUUUUCCUCUUCCCCUUUUCUUUUUAUAAGUAUAUACAUAAAUAUAUAUAUAUAUAUAUAUAUAUUUUGUUGUCGUCGUUGCAAAACUCUCGUCACUGGAAAAGAACAGUUGAUUCUGGUGCAAAAAAAAGAAAUAAAAUAUCACCCGCAAACCACCACCACCACCAACAACAACAAAAGAAAAAACCGCUGAGAAAGGCACGAUGGAUCUCCCCGCUGUAAAUUUGUACAGUAACAUUUAUAACGUUUUCUACACUUGAAGAAAGUAUUUAUAAUUUCAGCUGUCUGACUGAGUGCGAAUCUCUGUGACCUGCAGAAAUGGAUAGCCAUUUGUUCCCGUGGUUUCUCGUGCAGUGUUUGGUGAGGUGACGGUGUAUGAAUUAUUUAUGCCAAUAAAAAAACAAAAAAAACAAAAAAAAAA